AUGAAAAGAUUUAUUGCAACCAAGUUUAAACCAAGUUCCAGUAGCUUACAUCUGCCUAUUCAACGUAGUGAUUCACUGGUUUCAAGAGAAUCAUCAUCAUCAUUCUAUAGUGGUAUGAAUCGUAACAACAACAAUCAUUGGAAACCAUCUGAUGAUGAUCAUCUUCGUCACUUCUAUCAUAGUGAAAAAGAAGAAGACACAAUUGGAAUGUACCAUCAACAUCCGGCCACAACCUUAGAGAAUCAUCCAGGUCACAAUCAUACCAAUUUAGAAAGCCAUCAUCAUUAUUAUUUGAAUGAUACAGAUCAUCAGUCCGUUCUAUCCACCACUAGUACACACGAUGGAUUAUUACAGAAAAAAAACCGUCAUGGCGGGUUUUUUGACAAAUACAAAAAAAAUGGAUUUAGACAAACUAUUUUUUCCAUCUUAUCAACACAACCAAAAGUAGAAGAGAUAAAUCAUGAUGAUCAUCGCCAUUCCUCCUUUCUCCCAGUAACAACAAUAAUGACUGAAAAAGAAGUGAUACAACCAACAAAGCCAUCACCAGUUUACUCACCACCAGAACGACAACCUCAUGUUAAGAAUAUAAAAAAUGCAUCAUACCCAUUAUGGAUAAAUGAUUCAAGGAUGAAUCAUCAGCAUAAUACCCGCCCUCACCGGCACUGGUUACCCUUUUUUUCCUACCUUUUUGCAAUGGCCACUUGUAUUCUUUUAAUUUAUGAAAUCAUCCAGUUCAAACAAAACUAUGGUACCAUCAUCAACUUAUCACCUUUCAACAUAAUGCUUGGUCCAAAUUCUAAGAUUUUUAUUCGUUCAGGGGCACUUUUUACACCUUGUAUGCGAUCUAGUCAAUCGAUUUCAUCUUCUGCUGUAUACAAAUGCCCAAGUGACAACGGUCAACCAAGUACUUUAUCGGCACCGUCAUGGUCAUAUUCUUUUAACGAUGGAAAUGAUGAUGACGGUAUCCAAUGUUCAUUGAAGGAUAUGUGUGGAUUAUCGUCAUUUGAUCAAAAUUCGGAUCAGCCUUAUCAACCUUAUAGAUUUAUUACUGCUAUUGCUGUUCAUGGUGGUAUCAUCCAAUGGUUAGUUAAUAUAGCCAUUUUAUUGACAUUUGGAGCAACAAUAGAACGACGUGUCAACCCUAUACGAUUCAUGCUGGUGUGGACUUUAUCUGGUACCUUUGGUUAUGUGCUCGCCUCUGUAUUUGUACAUGAUGAUAUAGUUCUUAUGGGUUGCCUUGGUUCCUUGAAUGGUAUUUUUGGCUUAGCUUUGGUGAAUCAUAUCCAAACAUGGCAAAUGACUCCUCAAUCUAGUAUCCAUUUUUUCAAACUUUUAUUAUUGAUUGUUUUGAGUGCCGCUCUUGGUUACUUGCCAGGGUAUAAUAAUUUCUGUCAUUUAGGUGGAUUUAUGGCAGGGAUAUUAUCAGGUAUUGUCGUGAUACCAACAAAAUGGACUUUUCGAUUCAAUAAGAAAUACUGGAUCAUGAUGAUGUUUAUUCGGCUCUUAGCGCUGGUCGCAUUGGGUGUUCUAUUUUACUUACUACUUUCCAAAUUUUAUUCUAAUCAAAAUAUGUUAGAUGAUUGCUCCUGGUGUGGUUACAUGACCUGUCUCCCUAUCUUCAACAUGUGUAAAGGUCAUUGA